AUGCCUGAGAAGGUCCACAAGAAAUUCGGGGACGAGCCUGGAGGCUCAACCUCAGCUCCGGUUGAUGGCAAUACAUCGGCUGGUGCGCCUUCGCCUUCAAAACCAUCGUCAACCAAGGGCAAUGCUCGCACAGGCGGUCGGAAGAAGCUUCAAGUUGACAAACCGAAACCCUCAAUUGAUGCGAAGGCUUCCAAAGACUCAGACAAGAAAGGUACUCGUAAACGCCAGGCAGACCCCGAUUCCGCAAAAGAUGAAAGGGCAAGAAAGUCCCCGAAGCUCGAGUCAAAACCAAGACAAUCAGAUACCAAGUCAAGCAAUUUCCAUGGCAAACCUCAACGCCAGGGCCCGUCUGCCCAAGAGCUUCAGAAGAUUGCCAAAGACCUCGACGCAAACCGCAAGAAUCUUCCAGUUUGGCUCAAGAAAAUGGAUAUUCGCUGGGGUCUGCGAAACCAUGACAUCCUCCUCGUCACCGGUGAAACUGGCUCAGGGAAGAGUACUCAAAUCCCUCAGUUCCUCUACACAGAGCCGUGGUGCAAAAGGGAGACGGUCAAGGUCACAAACAAGGAUGGGAAGCAGGUUGAGGUCGCCGUCGGAGGAAUGAUAGCAGUUACUCAACCUCGUCGAGUCGCAGCCAUAACCCUCGCACAGCGCGUUGCAGCUGAACUUGGAUCUCCCCUCAACAAGACCGGCGAACCAGGAAAGGUGGGAUAUUCCGUACGUUUUGACUCUUGUGUCCCUCCGGGAACGAAGAUCAAGUUCGUUACAGAGGGAACCCUGCUACAAGAAAUGCUUACGGACCCAUAUCUCCGGAAAUACAGCGCCGUCAUUGUCGAUGAAAUCCAUGAGAGGAGUGUUGAUGUUGACCUCAUUGCUGGCUUCCUUAGGCAGCUCGUCCACGGCGACAAAAAGGGUCGUGGUGGAGCUCCGCUCAAGGUUAUUGUCAUGAGCGCAACAUUUGAUCUUGGGGGUCUCGAGGCAUUCUUUUCAAUACCAGGAACCCAUCCCGGCGGAUAUGAACCGGGCAAAAACCAUGGGAGGAUCAUUGCACCACAUAUUCUGGAACAAGAAAAGGCCCGGGAGUUAGCCGAAAGUUUGAAGACUGGUGAGAUGAAAGCUACUGAGACGAAGAUUGCUGAGAUAAAAGUCGCUGAGACUAAGGUUGUUGAGGCCAAGAUUGGUGGCGAGUCCGAUGAAUCACGCCGAUCAUCCUUGGAAUCGUUUUCAUCUUGGGGCGGUUUCAGCGAGGAUAACAAUGGCGAAAAUAGUAGCACUUCACCUCCCAAAGACCAGGCAGAUGGAGUUGAUGCCACGAAGAAUAGCAUCCAAGCCUCCAACAAAAGCACGAGCGGCGAUGGUCCAUCUAGCACAACAGCGAAACCACCCAAGCCUAAGGCAAGACCUGGAGUCCCAGAAGAAGAUAUUUCUGAAAACGGCGUGGCUAUUGAAUACAUUCGAGGACGGCAAUACCCGGUUGAAACUCUCUUCGAUGCUGACCCUAUCGAAGACUAUAUGUUGGCCAUGCUUCAAACCAUUCUUGACUUACAUAUCCAUGAGCCAUUACCAGGAGACAUUCUCGCCUUCCUUACGGGCCAAGAUGAGAUUGAGUCCCUCAAGUCCCAGCUUGAGCACUACGGAGAGAAGCUUCUCAACACUGUACCAAAGAUGCAAAUCAUGCCGCUGUAUGGCUCACUUUCUCCGGCAGCCCAGCAAGCUGCAUUUAUGAAGGUUGAUCAGAGGUUCACGCGCAAGAUCGUCCUGGCUACCAACAUUGCAGAGACGUCCGUGACAGUCGCUGGUGUACGCUACGUGGUCGACUGCGGCAAGGUCAAGGUCAAGAAAUAUCGCCCACAUCUGGGAAUGGAAUCCCUCCUUGUGCAGAACAUUUCAAGAACCUCUGCCCUCCAGCGAAUGGGUCGUGCUGGUCGAGAAGCCAAGGGAAAGUGCCAUAGAAUCUAUACAAUGGGGGAACUCAAGGAAUUCGACGAAGACGAGUGCCCAGAGAUAUUACGCUGUGAUGUCUUGGAAGCAGUCCUUAAGAUGAAGGCCCGUGGCGUCGACGAUGUUCUGAACUUCCCGCUCAUGGAUAUGCCCGAUAGCCACACUAUGCAGAAGGCGCUAGUUCAUCUCUAUGUUAUGGGCGCACUGGAUCUCGAGAGCCAGCUCACCAAGACUGGGAAGAUGAUGGCCAGCUUUCCACUUCCUGCUGUUUAUGGCCGAGUCGUAAUUGCAGCUGCGGAAGCAGGUUGUCUCCUCGAAACCAUCGACAUCGUUGCUUGCCUCACGUCCGACUCUGAGGUUUUUCUGCAGCCAAAAUCAGAAGAGCAGAACGAGGCCAUAAAGGAGAAUCGAAACGAUAUCUACCGACGCGAGGGCGAUAUCAUCACUCUCCUCACCACAAUCGAACGCUACGCCUCCGAGGCCACCGACCGCAAGGCCUGGUGCGAAAAGCGAUUCGUCUCACCCCGUGCAAUGAAACUGGCUCUCGAUAUCCGCAAACAACUCCGCCAGCUUUGCCAUAAGUUUAAACUCCUCGAUGAGAUGCCGCCUCCUGAUCCACAGCCCUUCGAGCCCAUCACCCCCGAGAUGGCUGAGACGGUGCUUAAGACGUUCUUGAAGGCAUUCAUUACCAAGACGGCCGUCCUGGCCGAUGAUGGAGGCUACAACACCACGUAUGGGAAGCAAAAGGUUUUGAUCCAUCCAUCCAGCGUGUUGUAUGGAAGGAAGAUGGAGGCUAUUUUGUUCUUGGAGCAUGUGUACACGACGAAGAAUUAUGCUAAGAAGAUUAGUGCGAUCCAGGCGGAUUGGAUUGGUGAGGCUGUCUGA